AGGACUGAAUGUAGUAAAGUAAGUAAGGAAUCAUGAAUCAUUAUAGAAACUAGUAACUACCCAUUAUAAUUUUUUGAGUAUUAAGUUAGUAGCCAGAGACCGGUGGGUAGUUAUUUCAAUUAUUUAUUGUUAGUUCUGAAUCGGUUAUUCGCUUAUUUCUCUAUGACUAUAUGUGGUAUACUGGUAUGUAACAUUUCAGUCGUAAAUAUUCUUUAACUAUAAUAUGCUGCUUGCCCCUAUGGUAGUAUACUAGUAUCGUACGAUAUUCACUCGUCAGUUCGUCUGAUACUAAUAUGUGAAAUGUCUGGUUUUGACAUUCACUAAAAGAAAUUAUAUUGGGAAUACAGAACGGCGAAAUAGUGUAUUUGUAGUUGACAUUGUAGACAUCUAAUCAAAAAUAAUACACUGUUCGUGUACCUAUUUGAAGUUGUUCAAAUUCGAUUGUUUUUAGAUUUAUAAUCAAGAACUGUUAUUAUGGAUGCUUAUGAUAAAUUAGAAAAAAUUGGUGAGGGAACCUAUGGAGUUGUGUACAAAUGUAUGGAACGUUCUUCAAAAGAAAUUGUUGCUGUAAAGAAGAUACGUAUGGAAAUGGAAGAUGAAGGUAUACCAGCUACUGCUAUCAGAGAAAUUAGUAUAUUAAAAGAACUUAACCAUCCAAAUAUUGUGAACUUAAGGGAAAUACUUAUGGAUGACUCAAGGUUAUAUUUAGUAUUUGAAUUUGUUCCCAUGGAUUUAAAAAAAUUCAUAGACUCUAGGCCAAAAAAACACUUAGAUGAAAUUAUUACUAAAUCUUUUACUUAUCAGUUAUUAGUCGCCAUAUAUUAUUGUCAUGUAAGACGAAUAUUACAUAGAGACUUAAAACCGCAAAAUAUAUUAGUUGAUAUAAAAAAUAAUAUAUUAAAAGUAGCUGAUUUUGGCUUGGGUCGUACUUUUGGUUUGCCAAUUCGAGUUUACACACAUGAGGUAGUAACAUUGUGGUACCGAGCUCCUGAAGUAUUAUUAAAUACUCAACGGUAUGGUUGCCCAAUUGAUAUGUGGUCCGUUGCAUGUAUUUUUUCAGAAAUGGCUUGUGGAAAACCUUUAUUUCAAGGGGAUUCAGAAAUUGAUCAACUUUUUCAUAUUUUCAGGAUAUUAACUACACCAAAUGAAAAUACAUGGCCUGGUGUUUCAGAAUUAAAGGACUACAAACCUUCAUUCCCUACAUGGAGCGAAAAUAUAUUAAAAAAAUCCGUCAAGAAUAUAAACAAUGUGGGAUUGGAUUUACUUCAAAAAAUGCUGAUCUAUGAUCCAAGUAAACGUAUCAAUGCCAGAGAUGCGCUACAACAUCAUUAUUUCAAAGAUUUAAAUAAAAAUACUCUUCCAGCACAUCCUGAAAUUAAAUUUUGAAUAAUACUCAAUAUUACAAUAAUUUUAUAAAUAUUGUUUAAGUA